AUGAAUUUUUUGUCUAUCAAUGCAUGUGGUAUUGGUGGGGGUAUUAAGGAUGGGUGGAUUAGGGGGAUGAAGCAGGUCCAUGAUAUUGACUUUCUGUUAAUUCAAGAAACUAAGAAUGAGGAUUUAUCUCGUGUCAAUAUUGCCAAGUUCUGGGGGAAAGGGGAAUUUGGUAUGGAUUCUGUGAGUUCCGUGCGGUUGUCGGGAGGAAUCUUGUGUAUUUGGGAUUCUGGGCUGUUUGAAGCUUUGUCUGUUGUUAAGAACAGACAUUUUUUAAUUGUGGUUGGUAAGAUUAAAGGAAGUGGGGUAGCUUUAAAUGUGGUUAACGUAUAUGCUUCACAAUCGGUGAGUGCUAAGCAAGUGGUUUGGAACGAGUUAUUGGAGGCUAUGGAGGAUCUCCCCGGUAUGUGGGUAGUGGGAGGGGAUUUUAAUGCGGUCAGGGAUCCUAGUGAGAGGAGAAAUUCUAGGUUUAACAACUUGCGUGCCUCGAAUUUUAACAAUUUUAUUCUUAAUUCGGGUCUCAUAGAGUAUGAUUUGAAAGGAAGAAGUGACUCAUUAAGAAACUUUGGGGGAAAACCUUUUAGAGUGUUUAACUCUUGGUUGGAGAAAGAAGGGUAUAAGGAGGCGGUUGAAAAGUCGUUGGAGGGUUUUAAUUUUAUCAGUCCAUCGGAUUUAGUGUUGAUUCAGAAAUUAGCGGCCAUUAGGAAUGGUAUUAAAGUUUGGAGAGACGAGAUAAAGAAGAAAGAAGGGGAAGCAGUUAAUAGGGCUUUAGAAGAAUUGGAAGAAUUGGAAAGUAAUAUGGAAUCUAGAGAGGUGACAGAAGAGGAAGAAUGGGCGUAUCUGGAAAAUAAAAAAUUGUUGAUGGAAAUUGAGAGGGGUAAGAUGUUGGAUAUGAAACAAAGAUCUAGAACGAAGUGGGCAUUGGACGGAGAUGAAAAUUCAAAGUUUUUUCAUGCUCAUGUUAAUGCUAGGAAAGCUGUUAAUGGUAUCCCGGGUUUAAUUAUUGGGUCGAGUUGGGUCAAUAUACCGUCUUUAGUUAAGUUGGAAGUUUUGAAGUUCUUUAGGAGCAGAUUCACGGAAGAAGUAAUAGGCCGGGCUUGGUUUUUGACCGAUUCUUCGAUCUUUAGUAAAGGAUGUAGCUCGUCGUUUAUCACUCUUAUUCCCAAGAUCAAAGACCCGGUGGAUCUAAAAAAUUAUAGACCUAUUAAUCUAAUUGGGAUAGUUAGCAAGUUGAUCUCGAAGGUUCUUGUGAAUAGGCUGAAAAGUGUGAUUGGGUCGGUGAUUUCGGAGUCUCAGUCGGCUUUCUUGAAAGGAAAUUACAUUCUGAAUGGUCCGUUGAUAGUUAAUGAGUUGUAUAAUUGGGGCACGAAGUUUAAGAAAAAAGUGUUCUUCUUAAAAAUUGAUUUUGAAAAGGCCUAUGAUAACGUGAACUGGAAGUUUUUGAUAUCGAUUAUGGAGCAAAUGGGUUUCCCGUCGAGAUGGUGCAAAUGGAUUAAAGGAUGUGUGGAAUCGGCUAGGUAG